GUGUGCCUGUGUCGUGCGUGUGUCCCCCCCCCCGCACCCCAUCCCGCACUACAAGUCCCGGGGAGCUCCGCGCCGGGACCGCCUCCGCCGCUUCCAUCUCCGCCUCUCCCCCGCUAGCACCAUGGCCGCGGCCCCGGUGGCCGAAGGGGCUCCGGAGGAGCUUCGUGACAGCAACAGCAGCGCCGAGUCCCUGGACCGGCUCUACCCUGCCGUGGGCUCCACCAAGCCACCCCGCAAGCGGACCACCAGCCAGUGCAAGUCUGAACCCCCUCUGCUGAGGACCAGCAAGAGGACCAUCUACACAGCUGGGAGGCCACCCUGGUACAACGAGCAUGGCACACAGUCCAAAGAAGCCUUCGUGAUAGGCCUGGGAGGAGGCAGUGCCUCUGGGAAGACCACAGUGGCCACCAUGAUCAUUGAGGCUCUUGAUGUCCCUUGGGUGGUUCUGCUGUCCAUGGACUCCUUCUACAAGGUGUUGACCAAGCAGCAGCAGGAGCAGGCAGCCAGCAAUGACUUCAACUUUGACCACCCUGAUGCCUUUGACUUUGACCUCAUCAUUGCCACCCUGAAGAAGCUGAAGCAGGGCAAGAGUGUGAAGAUCCCCAUCUAUGACUUCACCACCCACAGCCGGAAGAAGGAAUGGAAAACCCUCUAUGGUGCCAACGUGAUUAUCUUUGAGGGCAUCAUGGCAUUUGCAGACAAGGAGCUGCUGAAGCUGCUUGACCUGAAGAUCUUUGUGGACACGGACUCGGACAUCCGCCUGGUGCGGCGCCUGCGCAGGGACAUCAGCGAGCGGGGCCGGGACAUCGAGGGGGUCAUCAAGCAGUACAACAAGUUUGUCAAGCCUGCCUUUGACCAGUACAUCCAGCCCACCAUGCGCCUGGCUGACAUCGUGGUCCCCAGAGGGAGUGGAAACACGGUGGCCAUUGACCUGAUUGUGCAGCACGUCCACAGCCAGCUGGAAGAGAGGAAGCUGCGCUGGGAUAUGGCAGCCCUGGCCUCUGCCCACCAGUGCCACCCUCUUCCUCAGACCCUCAGUGUGCUGAAGAGCACCCCUCAGGUGAGGGGCAUGCACACCAUCAUCAGAAACAAGGAGACCAGCAGAGAUGAGUUCAUUUUCUACUCCAAGAGGCUGAUGCGGCUGCUGAUCGAGCAUGCACUCUCCCUGCUCCCCUUCCAGAGCUGCACUGUCCAGACCCCACAGGGACAGGACUACGAAGGGAGGACGUACAGCGGGAAGCAAAUCACCGGCGUGUCCAUCCUGCGAGCGGGGGAGACCAUGGAGCCGGCGCUGCGAGCGGUCUGCAAGGACGUCCGCAUCGGCACCAUCCUCAUCCAGACCAACUGCAACACAGGGGAGCCGGAGCUCCACUACCUGCGGCUGCCAAAGGACAUCAGCGAGGACCACGUCAUCCUGAUGGACUGCACAGUCUCCACAGGAGCAGCUGCCAUGAUGGCAGUGAGGGUGCUGCUGGAUCAUGACGUCCCAGAGGACAAGAUCUUCCUGCUGUCCCUGCUGAUGGCAGAGAUGGGCGUCCACUCGGUCGCCUAUGCCUUCCCCCGGGUGAAGAUCAUCACCACAGCUGUGGACAAGAAGGUGAAUGACCUCUUCAGGAUAAUCCCUGGCAUUGGGAACUUUGGCGAUCGCUACUUCGGCACGGACGCUCCUCCCGACGGGAGCGACGACGAAGAUGCUCUCAGCACUUAGCUGCCUGCGGAGCCGCCACCAGCUCCGGGCAGCCUUCAGCGCCGCACCUUAACCCCUCUCUGUCCAUCGCAGACGAUGUCUCCUUCCUCCUCAGCCAGCAGAGCUAUUUCCCCACCCCCAGACCUGAGAUCAAAGGCUUAUUUUUUCAGAGAACCACGAAGCCCAGGUGGAGAGCUCUCCCCUGGCCCAGCAGAGAGCCCAGUUAAUUUAUUUUAAUUUAAAUGGUUGCCUCUAUAACUUAUUGCAGAGAUUUUAUAAAAGGAAAAGAAAUAAAUUUUUUUCUCUGGUUUUCUUGAAAGAAAA